GUAUCUUGGUUAUUUGGAAAGAGAAAGAAUGGAAGGAGGAUCGGGUGGUGGCGAGAGAGAGAAGUGGAACAGUGUAAGUGUAUACAGAGAGUGCUUGAGAAACCAUGCAGCCAGCCUCGGAAGCUACGCCACGGACGGGUGCGGCGAGUUCACGGUGGACGGCGCGGGGGGACUACAAUGCGCGGCGUGCGGCUGCCACCGCAACUUCCACCGGAAAGUGAAGUACCCGGUGGCGGAGCAUGAGGAGUAUGGAGGCAAGAAGCGGUUCAGGUCCAAGUUCACGGCAGAUCAGAAGGAGAAGAUGCUGGGGUUUGCGGAGAAGCUUGGUUGGAAGCUUCAGAGGAAGGAUCUGAAUGAUGAGAUAGAGAGGUUUUGCCGGAGCGUUGGGGUUAGUAGGCAAGUCUUCAAAGUUUGGAUGCAUAACCAUAAGAACUCUUCCUCCUCCUCCUCCUCUACCCCCGCCAAUGUCUCCUCCCUCACCCAAUGAAUCUGUUGCAGGUUUAUGAACGCAAUUUGUAUACCUUGGUUUAAUUUGUACGCAAAUCCAGAAAGAAUUGAAGUAGUUAUUCAUGUCCCUUUACUCCACACGAAAAGGAAGGAAUGGCUUAUUUAUGGCUCCUACUCUUGUAACUUAUGCGGUCACACCAUGUGGAACAUGAGAUGAUCUUGUCUGUACAAAGAGGCAAUGAAAUUUAAGCACCUAACUAGAAACCCCGAGACAAGACCAUGACUUGCCAAUAUUCAGGUGCUGCCAUUCCAAUUAGGGACACAAGAAAACACAUCACAUGUGCUCCUAAGUAAUUGUUAUCUAACUUAUCGCACAUUUAUUUU